CAGCGGUAGCGGCGCGCGCUGCACUGGGCCCACAGCCGGCGCGACGCAGCAUCGACCAGCACGCGCCGCCGACCGGCACGCGGCCCGCGCCCCGGUGACUCUGUGCACGGGAUGCGGCGGACAGACCGCCUCUGAGAACCACCAUGUUACCAGGCUCGUGGAUGGGGCCUACCCCGUCCAGGGCGGCCGACACACAGGAGCCAGUCACCACCCAGAAAAGGUCGGCGCUCAACACGGAAUACAAGCUCAAGUUCCGGCCGUUCUCCGACUACACGUAUGUCGACGGCCACUUCACGGGCGCGAGGGACGCCACGGAUGGCGGCGGGGAGGCGGACCGCUCCUCCGCGGCCGCCGGGGCUGCCGGCGCGCCGCCCACCCCCUGGUACGAGGAGGUGGUCGAGCUGCGCAGAAAGGCCUCCAGCUAUAAGGUCCGAGGAUGGGGCAAGGAGAUGGCGCAGCCUCACAUGGCCCACCUGUACGACAAAGAAGAGGACUCUGGCCACUUGGCCGAACGAAAAAUAAUCUCAGCACUCUACCUGGAGACGCUCAAACCUGGGUUUGUCCGGGAGGAGCGGGGUCGCAGUCCGGUCACUACCGGGGGCGCCUCUGUCCGACAACAGUCCCAUCCGCCGCCCAGCAGCAGAAAGUCGCCAGGGGCAGCCAAGAUGGCGUUAAAACUGCACGCGGCGGAGGGCAGCAAGCGACCCCACAGCGCACAGCCCUCCACCGAUCGGCACACGGGUGACGUGGUCGAUCGCCCCAAGGGUCGCAGUCCGGCCACGCCGCGGACGCCCACCUCUCGACCGGACGGUGUGCCAUCGGCGGCGGCCAAGCCGCGCAAACGGCCCACCGAGCGUCCGCCCAGCGUCGACAAGGCAGAGAAGGCGGCGGCGGCGGCGCGGCCCCCGGCGACCCGACCUCCCCCGGCGGCGGCGGCGGCGGCGCGGCCGGAGAAAAAGGUGGACCGGCCCAGCCGCCCGCCGCCGGAGAAGCCAGAGAAGAAGGCAGAGAAGCCGCCGCGGCCAGCCACGGCCAAGACGGAGCGGUCGAGCCGCCCGCCGCCGGCCGCCGCGGCCCCCUCCGGCACCCCGGACUCGGCCAGUGGGAAGGGUAUCCGCGGCGGCACCCCACGCUCGCGCUCCGCCCACCGGCUGGCCGCCAAGGCCAAGAGCCCCACCAAGGCGGAGCGGCCGCUGUCGACGGCUAUGACCGCCAGCGCGCCGGCCGGCUCGGCAGAGGAGGCCGUUAAACCAACACCCGAGCAGGACGGACGCGUCGAUGAAGAGAAGAAGCCUGCUGUUGAGGCUGCAGAGACGGCCGCGGCGCCAGUUCCUCAGCCGCCGGCGGCGCCCGCCGCUGUAGAGAGCGCCGCCCCGCAGGUGGACAUGGCCCCACCGACCGACGCCGCUCCCGAGGAGCAGAAGUCGGCCUCGGAGGAGGUGGUGCGCAGCGUGCCCGAGCCCACCCGCGUCAAAUCGCCCGAGGGCAUGGCGCCGAUCAAGUCGCCCGAGCCGGUCAACUGGACAGUUCCGCUGGACACGGGCAAAACGUUCACCGUGACGCAAAACGUCAUGGGAGGUCACGGCAGCCCGAUGUCGUCACGGGCCGACAGCCUGCGCUCGCCCACGGAGGACGCGGUCCGCUCGCCGCUGGCCCGCGGCGUCACGGACGUCUCGCACCUCCGUAACGGCGAGCCGGCGCCUCCUCCGGUCGAGAGUCCGUUGACCAACGACCUGCCGGCCACCAACGGACGCGGGGAGACCAACCACGAGCCGGAUGAGGAGCUCAUGAGCGGAUCGUUCCACGCCGAUGUGGGGUACGGAGGGGAGGUCAGGAAGGCGCCGCAGGACCCCAUGAGCGCCUCAAUGGCCGGCGAGGAUCUGAAGCGCUCGCUGAUGGCCGAGGACCCGAUGGCCACGUCCAUGACCGGCGAGGAUUUAGAGCGUUCGCUGCACGACCCCAUGGCUAUGUCCAUGACGGCAGAGGACCUGAAGGGGCCGCAGCAUGACCCAAUGACCGCGUCCAUGACCGGUGAUGAUCUGAAGCGGUCGCUGCAUGACCCCAUGACAAGUUCGAUGACCGGGGACGAGCUGCAGCGCUCGUUCCAUGCCGACGAGCCGGCCAGCGACGCGGCCGUGACUGGGUCGUUCCGGGCGCAGCCGCCGCCGCCGCCGGUGCCCGCGCCGCGGCCGACGCCCGCCCCCGCGCAGCGCGUGCUGGAUGACCCGCUGAUGGCGGCGGCGACGUUCAGCCGUCCGGCCGAGCCGCCGGCGUUCUCCGAGCGGCCGGCGGCCAGCAGUCUGUUCAGCUCCGGCUCGGCCGGACCGCCGCGCUUCUCUCACGAGCUGUUCGGCUCGUCCGGCCGGCCGGCCGAACAGAAGCCGGAUACCACCGAGAAGCCGCUCUACCGCGUUAUUUAACCGCCGCCCGGCCGCCACGUCGUGUGCUUUCAUUUCCGUGUAGUCCACCGCGCAGCCGGCGAGCCAGGCCCGGCGGCGGCGCGGCCCCGCUAGUCCGUGCGCCGGCCGGCCGGGCGCGCCCGCCCCGCCCUGCUGGGGGCGGCGCGGCCGGCCGGCGCGCGCCGCAGGUCACUCCAGUCCCGGUACUCUGCUUCUACUGUCCGCUCCGUGAGAAAAUACUCCGCUUCCCAUAGUGGUGUUGCAGGGCUGCAUACCGGCGAAACUGUACGAUGUGUA